AUGACCAGGAGGCUGCGGCGGAUUGCGCUUACGCCUCCUGGAACUCGCGAGGCUCCAGAAGUGCUCAAGAAACCAGCCGCACCGGAUGCCAGGACCACGCAGCUCAUUCAGGGAAUUCGUCGCAACCUGGAUCAGGUAGCCCUUGAUCUUCCCGCCUUUGAGGCCGCGGUUCAGGGUUUGGCCUGUACUCCGCCAGAUGAUGCUACGUGGAGGCAGUUGCAUGCCACUGCUGACCGCCUCCAGGACGUCCAACGAAGACUGGAAGUCUACAUCGAACCUCUCACCGAUCCCAAGUUAGAAAGCAGUAGGGAGAAGGAGGUUACGCUUGAUGAGUUGAUGCGAGUGAAUGAGAAGAUUUAUGUUAAUAUCCAGCAAUUCCAGUCAUUUGAGAGAAUACGCCCUGGCCAGGAGGAGGUAUAUACUGUUUAUAUUGUUUCCCGAACAAUAGCCGUUUGA